AUGCGGGAUAACAUCUGCAGCACAGAGAUUUGUUGCCAGACAGUGCGGGCGAAUGGAAGGCCCUUUCAGGGCAGGAGGAAAUGGUCGGAGGGUCCUAGGGCAGCAGAACGAUUCAGGCUUCGUUCCCCGCCUUCCGGCCCUUUGUCUGGCUCCCGCGCUGCGGCGCACGUGGUCGCCUGUCAAAUUCCGGGCGGCUCCGGGGGACACGUGUCGGGAAACCAACGCUCCACGGGCCCCACGCUGAACCCAGGGCGGGGCCUUCAGGAGCUCGUGCCCAGCAGGACCUAUUUCUGGCUGCAUCCUCGACCAGCCACAAGCGACCUUCUGUGGCGGCCUCGGCCGCAGCCCAUAGCCAAGGCCCAGGCUCUGGUCAGGCCUCCAAAGGGCCCAUUGUCUGGCUGCCUGGGCUGCCGAGCCUGGCUCCUGGACAUCCGGAGCGAGGGGCAGAGGGUGACCGAGGGCAGGGUGGACUGA